GUGCAGAUUGUUGAGGAGAAAGCUCGCGAGCACUGGAGUUACAACGUGUUUUUGCAAAUGAGCUUCGGGGAUGUGACCUGAAGCUUAUAUAUCUAUGUCUAUAUAUACCAGGGAAUGCUUUAGAUCAAUAGCAUAUUGGGUUUCAUUCUCUGUGUUUCUUUUUAUAUAAUACCAGGGAGUUACUAAGAAUUCUUUAAAGCUCAGUGUUUUCAUGUUCGAGAGACGGCGGUCCCAUGGGUCUCAGAUGUCGGUUUGGUGGUUGAUCUCUUGGAGCCGAACCUCGAAGCGCCUCAAACCGGAAAGCCGUUUGGCUUCUGCAUUUCGACCACACCAUCUCCAAACUCUUCCUGCUGAUGGCGGGCAAAGCUCACCGCAAGGCUACUGGGCUGCACUGGGAUCUCGCUCGCGUCAUCGCCAAGCUCUUCCUGAUAGUUGCCCCAGCGGCUGCACGCCUGGGAGAGGCCCCAGUGCCAGCGCCACCAGCGCUGCUGCCACUUGAGUCAGAGGAGUUGCUUCGGGGAGGGAGGGCCAGAACGGUGGAGUUCUGGCAGAAUUGGAGCCGUUCGCUGAAAUCUUUGGAUGUGAGUUACAGCUCCGACCCCAGUUUGGCGGAGUUGCAGGUGGGCUGGGGAAAGAGAGUCUGGAUAUCAGGCCCACAAGCGUCCUAUCGUCAACUGGUGCUGGUUUUGGAAUCAAGCAUUUUGGAAAUCCUGCGCUCAACUUUUGCAGGCUUUCGCAUGUUGAAUGUCCUCCUGUUGGUUGCGUCGGGUUCUCCUCCUCCUGAACUCUCCUUAUUGGUGCUGGUAAAAGACAUGGGCUAUGAGCACCUGGCCACUACCACCCGCUAUGGCAACACCUGCUGUGCCUCCUGUGGCAAUGUAGACACGGCCCGCCUGGUGAAUGGCACUGGCUUUUAUGCGGUGGCGGCGGCCCAGUCGAUGCAGACGGGGGGCCGUGGCGAUGGUCAUUAUUGCACUUCCUCCGCAACGAGCAGGAAUGGCACAGUGGGCAUGGGAUGCUUGAGCUGUGCGAAAGGGAGGUUCUUGAAGGCACACCCCUUUCUGUAUCCUCUCUGGGCGCAGCCUGAAGACCCAAUCUUCAAUGAGGAGUACCGCUUGGUGGUGGCUGAUACCUGCCCCCACCGGGGCAACGAGGCGUGGUGCCCAGGCGCGGAUGGCCGUGCGAACCACUUCGGCGUGAAGGACCACUUCGACUUUGCGGCGCCACCGCCCAAGUUCGACAACUACUACUUCGUGUGGUCCAAGAUGGAGUGUCCUGAAAACCUGAAGACCCGUUAUGCCCAACAGAGCCGGUGCUAGGGCAGUCGGCCGUUGGCGAAGGGGUACCGUUUUGAAAAGCCGGAAGUGGGAUCGGUACACGCGAGGAUGGGGCUUGAUCUUCUACGGUAAUGCAAGCAAGAUCUGCAAUCUAUGGAAAAGAUAUGUGGAAAUGGCAUACUCGGUUCCAAAGAUUUUGGAGCUCCUCUCAGUGCAGCGUUCUCCAGGCAUUCGCGGCUUACAACAUAAGCCUUGAUACUUCACUUGGAUUCUGCUGAAAAAGGACCAACC